CUUCUCUCCAGCGAAAGGCGGCGCAGGGAGCCUCCCUCCACAGGACAGCCACUGCCGGGGAGGCCAGUCAGGGAGCCAGGAGAUGUCGACUGGAGUAAAACCCAGACGAGCUGCUGGGCAGGGGGUCACCAUGGGACGGGGGCCCCAGGCGGUUGCUGUGGGGUGUCUCCUAGCAGUUACUGUGGUUUGUGGCACCAUUGCGCUCAUCCUCUCAGUUGUGGGCGUGAAGGAUGUUUAUCUGCCUCCAAGCACUAAGUACGGGCUGGUGUUGGACGCCGGCUCCUCGCACACGACUCUCUACGUCUACCAGUGGCCGGCCGGCAAGGAGAACGGCACCGGCAUCGUGUCUCAGGUUCUCACGGGGAUUGUUCCAGGCCCCGGGAUCUCCAGUUACGCCGACGACCCUGCUGGGGCUGGGGCCAGCCUGAGGGCCUGUCUGGACACAGCCAUGACGCUCAUCCCCGCCAAGCAACAGCGAGAAACGCCCGCCUACCUUGGUGCCACCGCGGGCAUGCGGCUGCUGAGGGAGCAGAACAGCACAAAGGCCGACCUGGUCUUUGCCGAGGUCUCCAGGACCAUCCGGCAGUACCCGGUGGCUUUCCAGGGUGCUCAGAUCCUCACUGGGAACGAGGAAGGGUCCUUUGGCUGGAUCACGAUCAACUACCUGCUGGAGACACUCGUCAAGUUCUCCUUUGCAGGGAAAUGGAUACAGCCUCAGGCAGCUGAGGUUCUGGGAGCUCUGGAUCUUGGAGGAGCCUCAACCCAAAUCACAUUCCAGCCCAGGGGGACCGUCGAGGACAACAGCACCCAAGUCCUUUUCCGGCUGUACGGGGCCAACUACUCGGUUUACACCCACAGCUACCUCUGCUACGGGCGAGACCAAGCCCUGAAGAGGCUGCUGGCAGUCCUGAGAGAGGAGAACCCCUCCCUGCAGCUCUCCCACCCGUGCUACCCCCGGGGCUACGAGGAGAACGUCACCGCCGCUGCCCUGUAUGCCAGUCCCUGCGUCCCAGCACCAGCUGCCCAGGACUCCCAGCAGGUGCUCACGGUGCGGGGCACGGGGGCCCCGGCGGAGUGCAGACGGGCCGUCCGGAAACUCUUCAACUUCACCGCCUGCGGGGCCAACAGGACGUGCGGGUUCAACGGGGUCUACCAGCCGCCGGCGCACGGGCAGUUCUUUGCCUUUUCCGGGUUUUACUACACCUUCCACUUCCUGAACCUGACCGGUGGGCAGCCCCUGAGCACCACCAAUGCCACUGCCUGGGCGUUCUGCACGAAAAGCUGGACGGAGCUGCAGGCCAGCUUCCCGCAGGAGAGACCCAGCCGCCUCCGUGAUUACUGCUCCUCGGCCUCUUUCAUCCUGACGCUGCUACACGAGGGCUAUAAAUUUGAUGAGCAAUCAUGGAGCAACAUCCAUUUCCGCCAACAGGCUGCGAACACGGACAUCGGCUGGGCCUUGGGCUACAUGCUGAACCUCACCAGCAUGAUCCCAGCCGAGGCCCCGGAACAAGUGAAAGGGCAGCAGUGCGGCCUGUGGGCUGCUGCCAUCGUCUUCAUCGUCCUGACCAUGGCAGUGGCACUGGUGGCUGUGCUCGUCCAGUGCCUGUGGAACCCCGCCUAGCAGCUCACAUGCUGGGCGGAGGGGACGUGGCACAGGCGAUGGCGGCUGGAGGAGGAUGUCAAGGCACUUGCUGUCUCUUCAGGGUACCUCGUAGUGUCUCUCAGCGAGGCUGAUCUGACAGGCACGUAUAAACACCUCCCGGGGGAGAAAUGCUGGCCAGAGACGUCUCUCUAACCCAGCAGGCUGCGAGUCAGCGGCUGAAAGCUGAACUAGACACUUUGGGACUAGAAAUAAGGAAUGGUUUUAAAAUAGGGAGGGUAACUAAUCACU